CGCUUAUAAGUAUCUAAUGUCACAUAUUGUUUAUCGAAUCGACAGUGCUAGAGAAAACUGUGAAAAACAUAGUGAGUGUUUAUUUUAAUUAUCAUUAUUUGUGGAUUCAGUAGGUCUAAGAAGAUGAAGUCCCUUAUAUUAUUUUUGGGUUUGUUGUUGGUAACCCUUAGCAAUGGCGCAGUUGUGAAAUCUCAAGCAAAAAACAACCUGACGGUGGGAUACAUAGCGUCCUAUGACAGACUUCUGUAUAGACAAUAUCUUCAAAAACUGCCAGUACCGAACGCGAUCCAGUACCAGGACUUCAUGUUCCGCGGCACCUACGGGACCCGGAUAUCCGCCGUGACCGCGCACGAGAUUGGAUACACGCAGUACGCGUCCGCGUGGAUCGUUGCGGGCGGCGUCGGUUAUAACUACGUGACCGUGCGGUUGCAGACGGCGAGAGGCGGCGGUUUUAACUUCGUUAUCGACGUAUGGGGAUAUUGAUGUGAAUAAAGUUGUAUUUAUUGUAAAAGUA